CGAUAAGAGGGAGGAAGGGGAGCGGGCGUCUCUCUCUCUCUCUCGCGCGCUCGCUCGCUCGAGUGUGUGCGUGCGCGCGCGAUGGGGGAUUUCAACCUCGCGCUCGUCAUCGUCGCGAUCGUCGUGUGCGCCCUCGUCCUCCUCUUCAAUGUCUACCUCCUCGUCAACUACCAGCACCCGGACGACGCCAACCAGGCCUACUUCCCCAAGCUCGUCGUCGUCCUCGGCCUCUCCGUGGCCGCCAUCUCCAUCCUCAUGCUCCCCGCCGACGUCGCCAACCGGCAGGCCUGCCGCCACGCGAUCUACAACGGCGCCUGCAGCCUCACCCUCCCGAUGAAGGACCUGUGGCUCGCGAUCUACAUCGCGGACGCCGUGCUCGUGUUCUUCGUCAUCCCCUUCGCCAUGUUCUACUACGAGGGGGACCAGGACAAGAGCGUGGGGAAGCGGGUAAAGAGUGCGUUGUUAUGGGUCGUGACCACCGGCAUUGUGUGCGCUCUCGUGCUUGGCAUUUUGUACGGGCUUAUUGGGAAGGUGGACUUUACUGUUAUGCAUCUCUCUUCGAGCACAGCUUCCUUUCCAAGCAGUUGGAGUUUUUCUUCUGGUCAGCCGUGUAUUGGGGGCGGUUCGCAUCAGUGUGCUGCCUAUCAAGCACCAGCCUCAGCAGAGAAAACGUGGACCAUGCGCGCAACUUUCCCAGAAUAUGUUGUUGCUCUUGCUACAGUGGUUGGAUCAGUGCUUUUCACGAUUUUCGGUGGUGUUGGUAUUGCUUGUCUGCCGCUGGGACUUAUAUUUUCGUUCAUCCGGCGUCCAAAGGCUGUCAUCACACGGUCACAAUAUAUUAAGGAAGCAACUGAGUUAGGUAAAAAGGCAAGAGAACUGAAGAAAGCUGCUGAUGCUCUCCAUCAGGAAGAAAGAAGUGGUUCUAAGGGUAGAAAAUGGCGAAAGAAUGUAAAGGCGGUAGAAAAGGAGUUGCUGCAGUUGGAAGAGGAUGUUAAACUUCUGGAAGAAAUGUAUCCUCAAGGAGAAAAGGCUGAGACUACUUGGGCUAUGACUGUUCUUGGAUAUCUAGCGAAACUCGUGUUGGGUAUCUUGGGGCUGAUUGUUUCAGUGGCUUGGGUUGCUCAUAUCGUCAUUUAUCUCUUGAUAAAUCCACCUCUGUCUCCUUUCCUGAACGAGGUUUUCAUCAAGCUGGAUGAUGUGUGGGGGCUUUUGGGUACUGUGGCGUUUGCAUUCUUCUGCUUCUAUCUCCUAUUGGCUGUAAUUGCUGGGGCAAUGAUGCUUGGUCUAAGAUUAGUGUUCAUAACGAUCCACCCAAUGAAGUGGGGAGCCACUCUCAUGAACUCCUUUCUUUUCAACGUUGCACUCAUUCUUCUCUGCUCUAUCAGUGUUAUCCAAUUUUGCGCGACAGCAUUUGGAUACUACGCUCAAGCAACCGCAGCGCAAGAAAUUUUUGGUCACACAUUGGAGUCCCUUCGUGGAAUUAAAUACUUGUACAAGUAUAAUGUAUUCCAGAUUGCAUUUGUCGCUCUAGCUGGAUUAACCUUUGUGUAUUAUGCUGCCUUUGGAUGGAGGAGAAAAAAACCUAGUGGCAGGUUCCAGCUUUCUAGCUAAAAUCAGAUCUUCCAAAAUGGGCUCGAGCUGCCAUCGUUAGUUGCUUCUCCAGUUAGAGCAAUCUUGAAUGCAGAUACCGUUAUGCCCUGAUGUCGUCUUAUGUGGAAAGAAGUAGAGGUUUUGGCAGUGAUCAUCUGCGAUAGAUUUGAUUGCCGCGGAAAGGAUGAGACUUUUUGCGUGCUGGCCCACAUCUACUGACGCUCUUUGUGCAAUGCCCUUCUGUAUGUAGAAUUUCUUUGUUCUGAUUGUAGCAUACCCCUUGUUUGAGCAUGUGAUUGAAAAUGAAGAGUACUUCGUGACAUGGAGGAUUAAGAUUUCCACUGUCCUGAGAUGUAAGAUAAUCAAAUUGAGAAGAACGCUUGUGUUCAAUUUUUUAUUGUACUGUGUAUUUUGAGUGGGUUCUUGGUGUGCAAACAUGUCUUGAGCAGGAUAGUGAAAUUUAAUAGCAGAUGGGAAGUUCAUGUCAA